UGCUCAUACGUGUUUAUAUCAAUGAGUAUUCAAAGCAAAGUAGUAAUAUCGAAUAUGAAUUAGGAUUUUUUGUUCCGAAAAACUUGACCAAUAACUUAUUGAAUUUGUUUAUAAUAAUUAUGUUUAAAGUGAUUUAGGUGAUCUAAAAUGUGAGAUGAUGAAAUAGUUUUAAACGAGUACUUUUUUCAAUUCAUUUAAGAUUGUAUUGUUGUUAUUAUAUUUUGUCAUAUUGGAUAGUAUGAAUCAAAUUGAAAAUUGGUUGUGAUGAGUGCGUCCCUGUUGACAAUGAUACAUAAAUAGUGAACUUUAAAAGUAUGAGAUUGAUCGAAAUAAUAUUUAUGAAAUGUUGAUUUCAAUCAAAACUAUGGUUUUUUUUAACGAAUAAAAAUAAAAAUAUAAGGAAAAUUAUGGAUAUAUGUGAAACUUCUCUUGGAAUUAUUAAACAUGUUGAACAUAAUUGAUCUUCCUGAUAUUGUGCUGGAGACUGUUCUCUCUAACCUUACUUACGAUGAAAUUUCUAGAUACAGAAUCGUAUGUAAACAAUUUGAUCGAAUUUGUAAAAAACUACUAAAUCGUGGUUUCAAUCUAAUGGAAAAAUAUCAUGCACAAUGUCUACGUGCAGUAAAAAGUCAAUUACCACGUAGGGAAUCUGAACGAAGAAGUCAUCCCUUAGCACGUCAUUGUGGAAUAUUAACAGCAAUAGAGACAAGAAUAUCAAUGUUAUCAAUGACAUUUAUCAAAUAUGUGGACUUAAACUUAUGUUGCUUCAUUCCUGGAAAAGUAAUCGAUGAAAUAUUUCGUGUUCUUCGUUUGAUUCGUGAUUCAAAGACUCUACCUACACCACAUGAAAUAUUGCAAGAAUUACGUGAUAUUAGUAGUAUGGCUAUGGAACACUUUGAUGAAAAAAUUUUACCAGAUUUAAAACAUAGUACUUGUACAUCUGUUAGUAAUGUGGGUUCUUAUGAAUUGCCUAGUGGAAGUUCAAUAAUUUUACAUCAUACUACAAGUUCAAAUAAUACUACAUUAUCGCAUAGUUAUAGUACAGAAAAAUUAAACCAAACAUUUAAGAAAAUUUAUAGUCGUACUAAAAGAAAUAAAAUUUCUGUAACAUUUGUAAAAUUUGAAAUAACUAAAAUGAAAUUAAGAAUGAGAAAACAAAUGAUUCAAAUGCGAGUCCAAAAUUUGAAACUUCAAAAGCAAGCAAAAAAGAUUCAUGAUCAAGAUACACAGUUGGCAGAAAUGAGAAAGCAUCUGGAAGAAUGGAAACAAAAAAUGGGUGAUUUAACUGCUGAAUUAAGUAGGGCAAGGGAAGAAAUACAAAAGCCUGAUUCUAUAGACACUUGCAAAAGAAAACAUAUUGAUAUUAUCAAUCAACGUGACUUUGAUUCCCUUCAAACGAAAGAAUUAAAAGCUAAAAAGCGUAAAUUAAUUGUAGAAAGAAAACCUUCAAAUGAUGCAAAAGAUGUCAAAUUUAAAAAGUUUAUAUCAGAUCUUCUUGCAGGAAAUGCAGUAGAGGGAUACCCGUCUACUUCACACUAAAUCUUUUCUGUAAAUAGUAAGGUCUUGUUCAAAGGCAUGUUCUAUUAUAAUAUUGUUAAUUUUAUACUGUGCAUUUUGAGUUAUUAUUUAAUAAAUAUAACCAAUUAAAUUUA